AUGUCCUUCGUGGACGAAACUACCCAUGUCAAAGAGAAGGCAAAAGUCAUGAAGAGGAAUCGUCAAUUAAAUAUUCGAAACACAAGAUUAAGAAAGACAUUACAAAACGAUAAGCUGUUGAAUAAUUACUUUGAGUUUGCUGUUUCCAAUAACAAACAUAACAAUGACCUAACUGUGUACAAGAUGGUCGACACACAAAGACUUGAACAACAAGAAGUUUCGAAUGGAAACAUGGAAGAAACUAAUCGAGUGGUAACCUCCAAAGUACCAAUCAAAGCAAACAUGCUACUAAGUAACCCAUGCCAACAGUUGAGUGAGCAACAUGUAAAUAUUUCGAAUAACAUCUCACUUACAUGUUCCAACAACAAUUCAUUCGAAAGCGUUUCUGAUUUUGACCAACAACACGCCUCCAUUCAAAACAAUACUACAUGUUCUAACAUUGGUGAACAUGUUCCAUCUACCGAACAAAUCUAUUCGAAUGAACAUUCUUAUUCGAAUCAAGCUUUCAUGCAAAAUGAGGAAUAUUCUGGAAACAGCAGAGUUUCAUUUACUGACAAUUCAUUGGAUUUUUGCACUAGAGAAGAGGAUUUGGGGUUUCUUACAUAUUCUUGGUUUGAUACGUUCGCUGAAUUUUUACAUAAAGAAACUAAUCUUCUUUCUAAUGGAUUUUCACAAAAUGAAACAAACCAAACUAAUUUAUUUCUCAAUUUCAAACUUUGA